GCAAAUCCCUCUCUCAUCUACAUGGAUCCCUAGGGAGAAGGGGCUCAUUUUUGAAUGGAAUAGGCAUGGAGUUACUCUCUGGCUUACAGGACACUGGAUAUUGUAAACUUCCUUGCUAAAUUCAGCUGUCUGCGAGCUCUGGUAUGGAUACCAAUUCCUGGAUAUUUCAAGAUUUCACAAAGCCAGGUAAUGAAGGAAAGGGGAUCCAAACAGGAAGAAGCCCCUUCCUAGACAGCUGCCUACCUAGGAGACCAUGUCCUCACUGGCCACUCCCCACAGGAGGACCCCAGAAGUUCAUCCUCCUCACUACAGCAGAGCCAAAGAAGAAAGAAUGAGAGGGUGAGUCACUGAAGUCCACCCACCCAGUCUUGAUUCAGUGGUCAAUUAAAAAGGCUCCUUUUCACCACCCAAUGAGGGAACAGGAAAUAGAAUACGUGCAUCUACUCUGAAACAGAGAGCAGGACCCAUCAUGGUAUAGGCCUGGAAGCAGAACCAGCAAGUAUUCAUGUGGGGGACCGCAUCAGGAGAGCAUACUGUGUAUCUUCUUAAGACCUGAGCUUUUAUGGGUCAAUUCCUCAUUAGAAAAUAAGCACUUACUAAGCACCAACUAUGUGCCAGUCAAUAAGCAUUUAUUAAGUGCCGAGCUAUGCUAAGUAUUGGGAUACAAACACAAACAAAAAAUGGUCCCUUCUCUUGAGCAGCUCACAAUCAAAUGAGGGAGAUAACAAGUAAUGUACAGGAUUAAUAGCAAAACAUUAACAUACGUAGGCUCUAGAAUUAAGAGGGAUCAGGAAAAGCUCCCAGUAGAAGGUGAGAUUUUAGCUGGGACUAGAAGGAAGCCAGAAAAUCCAACAAGAGGAGAUAAGGAGGGAGAAUGUUCCAGACUUGAAGGACAGCUAGUGAAAAUACCCAGAGUUGAGAAAUGGAGACGGUUGUUGAUAGGUGGAGAAAAGAAACAUCUCAGGAGUUAGUUGUGGUAUAAAAACAAAAGGCAUUCGCAAAACAUUAAAAAAACGAAAAGGAAAGCAAAUGAUGCUCCUUGGACAGGGCCGGUUCAGGCAAUUAGCACAAAGUUCAGAACACAGGACCUUUGAGGACAAUUUGCACAAGGCUCAGAAUACAGAUGAGCACUGGAUGGAGGAAGUCUACAUUUUUGAUCGCCAGAGACAAUUCUAUUCCUCCUGUACCAAAGCACCAAAUCCCUGUCUGAUUUCUUCCCUGACCCCAUCCCAUGUUCUUCCUAUCUGGGACUGCCUGAGAAGACCUUGCUAUACCCCAGACCUUCUAUAUUUAUUUAGUUUCCCCCAAGUGUCAACAUCAUAAUUGGUGACAUCUGUCAAACAGGAUGGACAUCCACUGUCCUCCAUGGUGUUGCAGACAAGAGCAUUGACUUUGAAAGUAAAGAACCUGGAUCUGAACAUCCAUCCUGCUACUUGGGCAAAUUAUUCCAACUCUCGGGGCUUCAGUUUGCUCAUCUGUUGCGUGAGGAGGUUGGACUAGAUGGCCCCUUUCAGCUCCAUCAACGCUUACUAACUGUAUAACCUCGGGAAAGUCUGGUAGCCUCCUGUGCCUCAGUUUACUCAUCUGUAAAAGGAGGGAGUUGGACUGGAGAUCUCGAUUUAUGAACCUGUGGAGAGCUCACCAGGGAACAGAGGGCAGGCUCUCAGAGGGUGGGAGAAGAGGAGAAGUGGGGAGAGGGAGGAGGUCGAUUCCUUGCUUUGGAGGCCGUCUUCAUGGCAGAACUUGGUCCCAUGGUGAGAAGGCUAGCAUGUGUCCAGGCUGCUCUGAGGCAAGGUCCAAAACCUUUGGUCCAUCAGUGGCCGGAGAGGAGGCUAGAGAGAAACGCGGUGGUGCAGACCAAGGAACGGCCUUGCUUUGGGAGACAGAGCAGAGCUCUAGUUCCCACCAACACAGCCCUGGAACUCUUGGAUUCAAAGCCAGCAGAGCAACGGAUGGUCCAGUGUGUCGGGGGAGGGGUUUUCCCAUAGUUCUGUGGGUGAAGGAAGGAGGAGACAAGAUUUUUAUUUUGACACCGUGUUCCAUCCAAGGUUAGGGUGCAGUGGUGGGACUCCCCCCCCAAUGUAAGGGCAGAAAAAACUCAUUUGGGGAGGACCUUCAGAGAGCCCUGGGCAGCUGUUGUCAUAGGGACAUCACACAAUCAGAUCCUGCCUUGGGAUCACAGGCAGAGGAGGAGGGUCAUUGGGAAUCCUGGGGGUCCUCUGCAGGCAGCUUAUCGAGAUCUGGGGAUGUCAUCUGGAGAACUGGGAGCCCAGCAUCCUUAGCAGCUUCUCUCAGGUCAUGUCUGUGGCUGUGGAUCCAGCUGUGCUCCCAUCUGGAGAGUCAAGGGGCCAUGGAUGAGGAGAGAGAGUUUCCACCCGGGGUCCCCAGAUGGAAAGUUCAGGGUUUGGACUCAGUUCCUCCCAUGUCAAAUUGGGGGUGUUCUUGCUGUUGGUGGAGGCCCUGCUUCCCCACGUGUGCUGCACCCAGAAAUCAGUGUAUUUCUCUUUCUACGAAAUCAUCAUCCCCAAGAGGCUGAGGGGCUGGAGGAGGGGAGACCCAGCAGAUGAGAUGCACUACUCAUUCUCCAUGAGGAGGAGAUGGUACGUCAUCCGCCUGAAGCGCAAAAAGGGGCUCUUUGUCCAGAAUUUCCCCGUCUACACCUACUCCGACGGGAUCCCAAGGCUGGACGCGCCUUUUAUCCGCGAUGACUGCUAUUACGAUGGGUACCUGGUAGGGGACCAGGGCUCCUUUGCAUCCAUCAGCACCUGCUCAGGGCUCAAGGGGAUUCUGAUCAUCCAGACCAUGGCCUUCGGCAUCCUGCCAGUCAAUGCCUCCAGAAAGUUUGAGCACAUCGUGUACCGCCUGUCCAAGGUGGCGCGGGACGCCUGUGGGGUCAAGGAGAGGGAAAGCCCGGAGUUCUGGGCAAGCAUGAAAGGCCUGGGCCCGACGGGGCCCCACUUCCCCUUCGCCUGGACCCACCCCAAGUACCUGGAGCUCUUUCUGGUGGUGGACAACGCCCGCUUCCAGAUGUGGGACAGGAACGUGACCACCACCAUCCAGACCCUCAUGGACGCCCUGGCUCUGGUCAACCAGCACAUGAAGCAGGUGAGCCUGGAGGUAGUGCUGGCCGGGGUGGAGAUCUGGUCCGAGAGGGACCUGGUCCGGAUCUCCUGGGACCUCCAGGAGACGCUUGACGGCUUUAAUCAAUGGCGAGCUUUGCAGCUGCCCCAAAGGGUGAGACACGACACCGCUCACCUGGUCACCGGGCAGGAUCUGGGGAGCCACCAGGGCCAGGCUUUCGUGGGGAGUGUCUGCAGCCCUGGCAACACCGCGGGGGUGGAAGCCUUCCCCCACGAAGACGUGCCCCGCUUUGCGGCCCUCCUGGCCCACGAGCUGGGCCACAACCUGGGCCUAAAGCAUGACCACCCCGGCUGCCGGUGCCCUAACCCGCCACCCUGUUUCAUGCACAAGUCCGUGCCCUUGGAGGGGGGCUUCAGCAACUGCAGCCUGUGGAGCUUCCAUGAGAUGCUGGGCCGGGGCCGGGGGACGUGCCUGGACCGCAAGCCCGAGCCGAGGAGCCCCUUCGGGAGGCACUACUGCGGGAACAAGGUCGUGGAGGAAGGGGAGGAGUGCGACUGCGGCAACAGCCCGGGGUGCCCCUGCUGCCUGCCCUCCUGCCACCUGAAGAAGGGCUCCGACUGUGCCUCUGGGCCCUGCUGCAGCAAGUGCAGGCUGGCCAAAGCCACCACGCCCUGCCGGCCCAGCGCCGACGAGUGCGACCUCCCCGAGUACUGUGACGGCGCGUCCCCGCGCUGCCCGCCCGACAGCUACAAGCAGGAUGGUACCCCCUGCCAGGGCGAGGGCCGCUGCUACCGCGGCCGGUGCCGGAGCCUGCAGGGCCAGUGCCAGGAGCUGUUCGGGGCGGGCUCUCAGGCGGCCCCCGCACCCUGCUACCGCAUGAACACCCUGGGGGACCGCUUCGGGAACUGUGGCAGUGAGUGGCAAGGGCAGGUCCGCGUAUUUACCAAGUGCCACCCGGAGGACACCCUGUGCGGGAGCCUGUACUGUAAGGACGUCUGGAGGCUGCCCAGCAUCAGAAGCCACGAGACUCUGGUCCAGUUCCUGGAAGGAGGCACAUGGUGCUGGGGGGCAGACCUGCCCAGCGCCCUGGAUGCCCCCAACGGCGGCCUGGUCAAGGACGGCACAUCGUGCGGCCCCCACAAGAUCUGCAUCAACCAGUCCUGCCUGGACGUCGAGGUCGCGCUGCCUUCCGACUGCAGCCCGCUCCGAUGUCGCCACAGAGGGGUCUGCAACAACCUGCAGAACUGCCACUGCCACCCUGGCUACCGCCCGCCCACCUGCGAGCUGCAGGGCCCCGGUGGCAGCCUGGAUAGCGGGCCCUCCCCCAGGGCUGGGGUCCUCCACCAGAAGCUGGCUGUGCUGCUCUGGUCCCUGACUGCCGCCUUCUUGCUGCUCAUGUCCUUUGUCUUGGUGGGGAUUUGCUUCUGGUGGAAGAUGAAGGGGGCGCGGGGCAAAGAGCUGGCGAUUCAGGCUGGCCCGGUGGGCAGAGAAGGUGCAUAGGCCUGAGCCCCUGGUUCAGUUCUGUAACAGUCUGGCAAAAGCAAGGUUGUGGGUCCCCAGCCUCCUCCCUAGGGACCGGGCCUGCCAGGAAAUCGCUGGAGCUCCCGGUUUCUUUUUUAAUUAAAAAUGAAUGAAUGUCACUUCCACAGAAGUCCUAUUCAGACCUCAUGGGGUGCAUAUGAGACUGGCAGAGAGUUUUCAGUUCUCCUCAAUCAUUUAGAGAGCAGGGCUGCUACAUAGCCUGGAAGGCAGGAAGUUAAGCUCUUUAGUGUAAACCACCUGGGGUUUUCUUGGCAGAGUUAGUUUGCCAUUUCCCUCUCCUGCUCCUUUUACAGAUGAGGAAACUGAGGCAGGCUGGCUGACACAACCUGAAACUGUCUAAGGCCAGAUGGGAG